AUGGGCAGCCUUGGCAUACUCGGCAAUGGGUUUGUUUGCUUCGUCAUGCUUCGCUUCAGGAAAGUUUUCAACUCCACCACAAACAAACUAAUCAUCCACCAAUCCUGUGUAGAUCUCAUCGGGUCGUGUGUGUUCCUGGUUGGGAGAUUCGCCCACAUGGGUGUCGUACCAGACAGUUUUCUCGGCCGGCUCUACUGCCACGUCUGGUGGUCAGAAUGGCCGCAGUACGCGAUGUUUGUGACAUCCACGUGGAACCUAGUCGCCAUAUCGGUAGAGCGUUACCUCGCAAUCUGCCGACCCGUUUGGUAUCGAAAUGUUUUCACCCCUCGGAGGUUGAAGCUCGUCUUCCUGGGUGUUUGGAUGAUGGGCUGGGUGCAGGAUUCCCACCUGGCCAUGGUCACCCACUAUGACAGCAAGAUUCUAGGCUGUGAUUUUUCCUGGCCCAGCUCUGAGAUUCGGGCCAUUGGGGGCGUCUUGGUGUUCCUACACGAGUUUGUGAUUCCCAUGGUCAUUAUGGUAUCGAGCUACUCUCUUAUAAUCCGGAAGCUCCGUCAGAGGGCGCAGGCUCACGGCAGAGACAACAACACCAGUGCUCAGGAGACGUUCUCUAAAGCCAAUCGUAACGUUACACAGACAGUUGUAUUGUUGACCGUCUCCUUUUUCAUUUGCUGGGGUCCGACUGAGACCAACUACCUGUUGAUCAAUCUGGGUUUGCAUCAACCAGUUAACAUUUACGAAGACAUCUAUUAUCGAGUGACAGGAGGCAUUGUUGUCAUUAACUUGUGCAUCAGUCCCUUCAUCUACUGCUUCACGUACGAACGGUUUCAGAAACAGGUCAAAGAGAUGGUCGGUCGCCGUACACGUCGUGUUGACGACACUAGCGGUUCAAACCUCAAUGGUGGUUCUAACUCGACCUGA